CAAAGCAAAGAGAGAGCGCCAUAGAGACAGAGCCAGGGAAAGAUGAAAAAGGAGGCGGGAGAGCACCGCGCUCCUGGUCCGCCCCCAAGUUGCAGCACGAGCCAUUUAGCAGUACGAGCUGGGCCAGCUGUAGAGCGCGCGGGCGCGUGUACGUGCCCCCCUCACUACCCCUGCCCCCACGCGGAGAAAAUCAUUACCAAAUACAGAGCCCGAGCACACGCGGAACGAUGGCUGCAGCAGCAGCAGCAGCAGCCCUAGGUUGUGUUUACGUCGCAGAGCACGAGAGCAGCACCACCUCGGGAGAAACGGACACCGCGCGCACCCGAUUUUUAAACGCACAAUCAUUUACGCGCAGUGUCUACGAGUGAACCCGCGAGGCUUCUUGCUACAAUCAGUCCUUUUGACGUCUCCUGCCCUCCGCGAGGAUCUUGAGCUGUCUUCCAUUCGGUUAAUCGUUGUUUUGGUGCGCAGCUGCAAGGGAGACCGACCAGCCUCCAGCAGGUAUCACAGAUGAGGAGCGCGAGCGAACCGUGGAAACGAGACCAUUCAUCUUCACCGUCAAAAUAUCACGCACGCGACGCCAGCGCGCUGUUACUGGAAUCUGGAACGGCCCAGUAGCCUCCAGUCCCAUCCCCAUCCAGUGGCGCUGCACUUAGCGGGGGAUACCCGAGAGCAUCCCUCCAUCCCACCCAAUCUAUCCCUCCCUCUCUCUCUUUCAGCCUCUCUCACCCCCAUCAUAUGCCAGAGCUCUAGGGGGUCUCAUCUAGUCAGGGACCAGGGGGGAGGAGGGAGGCUGUUCGUGGCCGCGGUAGACGCACCCUCCGCGUGGUGAGGCUGGGCUGAAGCGCCGCUGUGUCGGAGGAUGCUGCGGGAGUAGAGCGGCUCAGAGCGGAAGAUGGGGAAGGACCAGGAACUGCUGCAGGCGGUGAAGACCGAGGACCUGCUCACCGUGCAGAAGCUGCUGCAAAGGCCCCGGCCAGGGAAAGCAAAGCUCCUCGGUUCUGCAAAGAAAGUGAAUGUCAACUUCCAGGACACAGAUGGGUUUUCUCCGCUGCAUCAUGCGGCUCUCAAUGGCAACCUGGAGCUCAUCUCUCUGCUGCUGGAGUCACAGGCUGCUGUUGACAUCAGAGACCAGAAAGGUAUGCGGCCGCUGCACUAUGCCGCCUGGCAGGGGAAGGCAGAGCCUAUGAAGAUGUUGCUGAAAUCUGGUUCGUCUGUCAACGGCCAGUCAGAUGAAGGACAAAUUCCUCUCCACCUGUCAGCACAGCACGGCCAUUACGAUGUGUCUGAGAUGUUGCUGCAGCACCAGUCAAACCCAUGUAUCGUGGAUAACGCAGGGAAAACACCUCUGGACCUGGCCUGUGAGUUUGGCAGAGUUGGGGUGGUCCAGUUGUUACUGUCCAGUAACAUGUGCGCUGCUUUAUUGGAGCCCAAAAAAGGAGACACCACUGACCCCAAUGGGACGUCUCCUCUCCACCUGGCUGCCAAGAAUGGACACAUAGACAUCAUCAGACUGUUGAUUCAGGCUGGUAUCGACAUCAACAGACAGACCAAAGCGGGCACUGCCCUGCAUGAAGCUGCUCUCUGCGGCAAGACCGAGGCAGUGAGACUCCUGCUGGACAGUGGUAUCAAUGCCACAGUGAGGAACACUUACAGCCAGACUGCGCUGGAUAUCGUCUACCAGUUCACUGCAACACAAGCCAGCAGAGAGAUCAAACAACUGCUAAGAGAUGCAUCAGCAGCCCUUCAGGUUCGGGCUCUGAAAGAUUACUGCAACAAUUACGACCUGACCAGCCUCAACAUCAAAGCAGGAGAUGUUAUUACGGUUUUGGAGCAGCACCCUGACGGACGCUGGAAAGGCUGUAUCCAUGACAACCGAACAGGAAAUGACCGGGUGGGCUACUUCCCGUCCACCAUGGUAGAAGUCAUCAGCAAGCGCACAGGUUUGGCCAGCACAGUCAUUUGCACUCAACAGUUUCAAAAGAUACCGCUGGUUCCCCCGGCGACGGUUGCCCCUGCCAACGCGGUAGUCAACGGCAACGACACCACGUUCCAUCAGAUCCAUAUCCUGCCUCCACCGCCUCCUCCUCCACCACAUUCCCAUCAGCCACUGCUUCCACUUUUCACUUCCUUUGGCUAUAACAGGUCGCCCGUGACAACCCCACAGGGAGACACACCCACUGCCCCAGGUUGUCGCGGCUCAGAGGCAAGUCCUCACAGCUCCCCCACCCCAUCCAGCGGGCCCCAUGGAGGCUCCAACGAAGAGAUCUGGGUACUGCGCAAGCCCGUGGCAGGUGGAGACCGCAGCAGUGUGGGUAGUUCUGGCAGUGUCACCAGUGUGAGGUCGUCAGGCAGCGGUCAGAGUGCCGGCAGUGCCGCACACAUCCUCCAUGCACAGGCUGAGGGGGUUAAGCUUCUAGCCACGGUCCUGUCCCAGUCUGCCAAAGCUAAGGAGCAUCUGCUGGAGCAGUCCAAGUCGGUAGACCAACCUGCAGCAGGCUCUGCCAGCUCCUCACGGACAUCGAGCCAAUCGGGCUGUCCGCUCCAUGAAGCGCCGCCUUAUGACGCCACGGCAACCAGGAAGGGGGAGGUGCCAGGCGAGGGGAAGAGCUCAGAGGCCGUUGUCCAAUGGCUGAGUGACUUUCAGCUGCAGGUCUACGCUCCAAACUUCCUGGGCGCUGGGUAUGACUUGCCCACCAUUAGCCGAAUGACCCCAGAGGAUCUGACAGCUAUUGGGAUAACUAAACCAGGUCACAGAAAGAAAAUGACAUCAGAGAUUAACAAGCUAAAUGUCUCAGAGUGGCUACCUGAUCAGAAACCUGCCAAUCUAGGAGAAUGGUUAUCUGCCAUUGGUCUAAGCCAGUACCACCAGGUGUUAGUGCAGAACGGUUAUGAGAACAUCGACUUUAUCACUGACAUCACUUGGGAGGACCUGCAAGAAAUCGGCAUCACCAAACUGGGUCACCAAAAGAAGCUGAUGCUGGCAGUGAAGCGACUGGCAGAAAUGCAGCGUGGUUCAGAUGGGCGGGGCUCCCUCCGAAAGAAGCCCCCACCAAUCACACAGCAGCAGGAAGUCAUGUCAGUGGACAGCCCACCUCCAGACGAGGUCAUGUCUCCAAAGAUGAGCACCUUCCAGGACAGCGAGUUGAGCACUGAGCUACAGAGUGCCAUGACUCAACCAGGUCAGGAGGUCAAAGCUCAACGAACACGCAGCCUGAGCAAAGAUCAUGAUGAGGUGAUGACAGGAGGUGGGGGAGGAGGUACUGGGCCACCUAAGAAGGAGGCGCGGACUAUGAGGCAGCAGAGCAGCCAGGGAAGCACCUCCUCCCACAGAGGCAGUGUCUCCUCUCAAGGCAAACACCGUCACUCCCACUCCCAUUCACAGCCUGCUCCACCCUACACGCCCCCUCACACUCCUACCAAGACUAGAACCUCGUCUUCCUCCUCCACUUCCUCUGCCCAGAGCGCACCUUCCCCGCAGGCCAAACCCAAGCCGUCCCCCCAGUUCAUCCAGGGGGAGAGACCUCAGUCACCGCGCUCACACCCACCUCAGUCUCCAACCCACCGCGGGGCUCCAUGUAUCCAGCCUCAACCUCAGCCUCAGCCUCAGCCUCAGCAGCAGCCUCAGCCUCAGCAGCAGCAGCAGCAGCCUCUAGUCCAGCCACAGAACCAGGCACACAGUCAGCACCACUCACAGACACAGAUGAUGGAGGUCAGGGAGAGCCAACAACCACAGGUCCCUCUCCUCUGCCUCCCCCCAGAGGUUGAACUUGCUGAGGGAGAAGGAGCAGAGCCCUCGGCGCUCCAGAAGAAACGCGCUCACAGCCUCAACCGAUAUGCCGUGUCCGAUGGCGAAUGUGAUGAAAAAGCAGGAGGAGGAGGUGGAGGCGGAGAAGGAGAAGCAGAGGUAGUAGGAAAUCAGAGCUCAGCUGUCGUCAGAGGGGAGGGAGGUAAAUACGCCACAGUGACCCACCGCGUCAGCCGCAGCCACUCCGUCCGCAACCAGGAAAAGAACGCUAACCGCAACCAAACGCAGUCCUUUGCGCUGCGUCAGAAGAAAAAAGGCCCGCCCCCGCCACCGCCCAAACGUUCCAGCUCUGCCAUCUCCAGUUCCAACUCCAACCUGACAGAUGCCAACACACUGCAGCAAACACAUACUACCACAGGGGGGAUGCUGGACGUGCCUUACCACCAACAGCGGCGGGCCAGCGACCUCGGGGUGUCCGUGGAAACAGCUGCUGUGGAGACGAGCAGCAUGGGUAGCGUCAGGAGCAUCGCUGCCAUGUUGGAAAUGUCUUCUAUAGGGGGUGGAGCCAAAGGCAUGGCACUGCAGAAGAAUUUCUUGCAGGUGGGGAAAACACGGGAUGCCAUUGGUCUGGACGGUGAAGUGGUGAACCGACGGCGGACCAUUAGUGGCCCUGUCACAGAGCUGGUGGCAGCUGCCAGGCGGAACCAGCCAACUCCCUCUGCUCUCCCAUCUCCCUCCGUCCAACCUGAAACCUCCCCUCCCACUGUAAAUUCCUCCUCCCCCCACCCUCCGUCGUCCCCCCACCCCAGCUCGGGAGGCAGCAGCAGCUCAUCAGAGAACCUGCCAUUUGCGGAGGAGGGGAGCUUGACAAUCCGCCGCCAGGGUCGAGGAGAAGGAGAAGGACAGUGUGUAUUUUGUGUUUGUCUGCAGGGUGACGGCGAGGGUCCCCAGGGAGAUGGUGGUUACCCCCAGGAAGACAUCUCCAAUGUUGAGGCCACAGCAACCUUGAAGCGACGGCCCCGCAGCUCCAAGCCCCACCCCAAUGGCUCCGACUUCACCCUCCAGGAAUCAUCCACUGUCAAACGGCGGCCCAAGAGCCGCGACAAGGAGCCUGAGGGCUAUGCAGACAUGGCCACAGCUAAUGGAGAGCCUGUGGCAACUGGGCCACCAAACACCACGCAACCAGUACCCUAUCAGAAUGGCACUGCCACCAUGAAACGCCGCCCGGUGUCUGAUGCAGGAGUGACGGAGCAGCCACAACCUCUACCCCAACAACAACCUCAGCCGCAAGUGACUGCUGCUCCUCGCAGGGACAGUGUGGAUCAAGGAGCUCCAGUGGUCAAUGAAGGAGGUCCACAAAGGAAACCAAAGCCGCCAGUCUCCCCUAAGCCUGUGGUGGGGCAGAUAAAGAGACAAGGAGGCCCACAGACCCCCCCACAGCCUUCCUCCAACAAAAGAGUCCCGUUGCCAGGUCCUGGAACACCAGGAAGCCCAGUGGAAGGAAAGAAGAUACCUCCACCAGUCUCACCCAAACCAGUGCCACCGCCCACAGCACCCAAACCGGCCAAGCUCAUCCACUCCAUGACCAGUCCCCCUUCCCCAACCCCGGCCCCUGCCCCGGUAAAACAGCACUCUGCGGUGGCCCGACAGACCAGCUCACCGCCCUCUUUCCCCCCUUCCAACACUCCCAGCCCGCCAAAUGCCAAGCCACCGAGCCCGUCUGCCCAGAGCCCCCACACCCCGCAGACACCCACCACACCACAGACGCCCCAGACUCCCGCCACUCCCAGCCCGACCCCACCGCCCGUCAAGCCACCUCGAUCCUCCAUCGGGGGUGUGUCGGUGGACAGCGGGAUGGUUGGAGGUGGGGUGACGGCUCCACCUGCUACAACAACACCAGACUUCAGUGUGGAUUCUUUGGUGCAUCAGAAACUCGAGGAGACAAGUGCAUCGCUGGCCGCGGCUCUGCGGGCUGUGGAGGAUAAGAUACUGCGGCAGGAGGACUCUGUGGCUGAGCAGAAGACCACGGUUAGCAUCCUGGAUGACAUCGGCAGCAUGUUCGAUGACCUGGCCGACCAGCUGGACGCCAUGUUGGAGUAACCAUAGCAACCAGUCAGCAUGUCUCCACAGCAACGCUGCAACCGGCGUGACUCAGAUGGCACAACGGGCAACAUGCCUCUCUAUCUCUCUCUGUCUCUCUCUCCUUCUCUUCAUCCCUCUCUCUCUGUCGUGCUCAUCCCCUUCUCACUCUUCCCAUCACCUGUCUAUUCAUCGCUGCUCUGGAGAAAAAAAAAAACAAACUCUUUCAUCUUCCUCUUCCUCUCAUCUCCUGUUGCUGAUGAUGAAAAUGAUGAUGGAGCAGUGCCACAGGCCUGGACAGACAUGUGACAGAGAGAGUGCAAGAAAGAAGGAUGGAUGAGAGACACUGAAACAGAGAGGUUAAAAAAAGGACCAAAAACGACUGAUGGGGAGAGAAAUAAAAAAAAAAAAUUCAGAUGGAGAGAUGAAGAAAUGCAACAAAAUGGAGGAGACUGCAAUCAAAACAUGGGUCUUUUAAGAACUCCACAUGGACUUAAACAAAUAAACUAAUCUAAUACUGAUUGAAAAACCAACUGUGUAAUGACUCAUAGUAUGGUAUGUGUACAUUCUAAGCAUGGAGAGUUUAUAUCUACUGAAAAAGUCCUGCAUUAGCACACUAAUAUAUAAUAUACUGAUAAAUAUGAAUCUCUAGCUCUUUGGUUUGAUGUCUUGGUUCUGUGUGGAAUGGUGACCUCUGGUGUUGUGACGAUGUAAAUGACUUGGUGGAAAAAUUUUUUAUCUGUGACCAAAACGAGACUAUUCAGCUCCUACAGAAUGUGUGUGUGUGUGUGUGUGUGUGUGUGUUUGUGAUAAGGACAGUGUGACAGGUGUAUGAAUGUUAGCACUGGGUUCAGUUUGUGGAAUGUUGGGAUUUCAGGAUCAAAUACAGUUUUUUGUCCUGGCUGCAUCCAUACACUCUGCUACAUCCUCAUUAUCACCCUCAACACACCCUCUCUCUCUCUCUCUCACACACACACACACACACACACACACACGAGAAGCACAAUGACCCCUGCAGCCAACUUGCACACACACACACACACACACACACACACACACACACACACACAGGAGCCUGCACAAUAUAAACUAAAAUGAGAGAAGGGGAGGGACAGAGAAAACUGCAGCAAGGCUACAGCAGGUUGUCCUGGAAAGCAGAUGUUCAUCUCUGGGAUAAAGUUGGCACUAUAGAAAGUUUCAGAGAAGGAUUUUAGGAUGCAGUCAAUGGGGUAUAGGUAUAUGCAAGGUUUUUGCAAGGAAAGGUAGAGGCAGUAGAGUUCUUUAGGAGGAUGAGUCUUAGGGUCAAAUGUCAAAUCAGCCUUGUUUGGUUCAAACUCCCCCGCACAAUUCAACACAAGCACCAGAGUCAGAGCCAUGUGUGUAGAGAGUGAACUCAGCUUGACCCAGACACUUUCAAGUCAUUCCUGCUACCUGCUCGUAUUUCAGCAAAAAAAAACAAACAAAAAACAAGGGUGUAGCAACAAAUUCAGGUUUCCCACACCCCCACACAAAACUGAACGACUUCCCCAUUUAAAUUCAGUGACAUUAUAGAAACCUUUUGGUUUUUCCAGAAUUAGUGAAACACUGAUCCUGGCUUGUUAGGAUUCAAGGUGAAAAAUCUAAAUACUUUCAUGAACAUAUUCAUUUUCAACCAUUUUUAGGCAGGAAUACGCUGAUCCAACUUUUUCUCUUCCAAUAUGUUAGUUUAGGUUAUCAAUCCAAAGGAAAUACAGAAUUUUCUAUUGAUGCAAUAAUGAUGAAUUUAAUGUGGUUUGUUCCAACUGUCCGAUAACCUAUCCAGUCAAUAAGAUCAGUAUCGGCCCAAUGUCAGUGCAUUCCUACUUUUAAGAUCCUAUGUUGAUUCAUAAUUGUCAAAUUUAUAACUUUCCCAGAUCCCUGUGUGGGACCCCUGAAAAGAAAACAACCCACAAUGACGACACCUUAGUCUCUAUCUCUCUCAUCCCACACCCUCCCAACCGCCCACCCCCAGUUGCCAUGACAAUCUACAUCAUCACCCCCACCAUCUUCAUUGGCAUCACCGUGGUUACAACACAGUGUGUUGCCAUGACAGUGUUUUCAUGGGAUUAUUUUUAAAGAAAAAGGUGUUAAGAUGGAGCGAGCGGCAGCAGAGAUCUGUGAAGCUGGAUGUUUGGUUCAGUGCAAUGUCAAAUUCCUAAAACCAACAACAACCUGCAUCCAGGUGCAAUACUCUAAUAUUCUAUUUGCACCUUUGUCCUUUAAGAAAGUUUCACAGUCCCAUAGCAGCCACACUCCUUAUAUAAAUGAAUAAGAAUUCAGAGAAUAGUUGUGGUAUUUAAAUUAUGAUCACAUAGAGAUUAUAUAUAUGGAUAUUUGCAACAAAAAAAGAAGUGUAUUUAUGAUGUACGUGUCAUCCUGAAGACUAUUUUUCAAAGUAAACAGAUCUAAUCUGAGUGUUGAAUCAGUUUGCUUCUCCAUGCUUAAGUGGUCUGAGCUGAUGAAUCAUUGUAGGAUACCAUGUUAGGAUAUUCCAGGAAGCGUUUCUGUUUUUUGUUGUUUUUUUUUUCCUCUGCCUACAUGUGUACAUGUGUCCAGGUGUGGCCAAUGUUUAUAAUACAAGCAAUUCUUGUUGUUUAGUUGUAUUAUUUUUGAGUUUUUUUUUUUUUUUUAAUGCAAUGUUUUUUUUUUCCUUUCAAACAUGUGCCUUGCUUUGUGAUUUUGGUCUGAAUACAAUACAGUAGAUGGGUAUGUUCAUAUGGGGAUCUCUGUCUUUCCUCUGUUUUGCCUCAUUAUUUGAUGUGUCAUCAUAAAAAAUAUAGAAAAUCAUCAAAUGUAAUCAAAACCCAGUAACCAACAGUAGGGACAAAUUUAUUCCAGUAAGACAUUUACACUUUGGCCACUUCAUGUAAUGCAUUUACAUGCUUGGUGGAAAGUGCAACAUCUAGUUAGCGUGCUAUAUUCUAUUUUGGUAGUAAUAAAACAUUUAAGGAAAUGUGCUUACUCACUUUCUUGCAGCAAGGUAGAUGAGAAAAUUCAUGCCACUUGUAUGUACAAAAAAUAUGAAGCUAGAACAGGUUAGCUUAGCUUAGCUUAGCAUAAAGGCUGGUAAAGGGGGUUAAGCUAGCUAGCUCACUACUUAGCAUCUUGUUUUUUUUAAAUUCUACAAAAACAAAGUUGUAAAAAGGUGGUUCGUGUUUCCUUUGUAUGAAAUCAGGCAUGCUAAGCUAACCAUCUCCUAGCAGUAGUUUCAUAUUAAGAAUACGAGUGAGCAUAUUUCCCAAAAUGUUGAAACAAAUUUUCAAAACUUUCAACUGUAUAUUGAUAAAACAUCCCUUUAAUAAAAAAAUCACCAGUAAAAUGUUAUGUUAUGAUGGUUGGUCCCGCUGUUACCAGAUGUGUUAUAAAUGUUUUUACUCACAUUUUACUGACACAAAUCUGAAUAUUUCUGCCAUGGCACAUGGGCCAAAUUUUAAACUUGUGUUAAAAGGUUCUCUGAUAUGUCAAACCCAGUGGUUCUAUGUAAUUUUAAGUUUUUCCAGUCUACUUUGUGAUGCAUUAAGGCUGCGUAACAUAACUUAUAUGGUAACUUCACUUGUACAGAGGUAAACUCCGUCUCUAGCUCUGUCUCUUGUUGCAGACAUGCCUCUGAUCUUCCUACCUGACGGUUGCAGCUUAUAGCUAGACGUCCUUGCUUUUAAACGUGGUCCAACAUGUUAAAGCAACAUUUUCUCCUCCUUCCUUGGGUCUCAUUUUGGUCAUCUCUCAUGUUGUAGGUGUUAUUUUGAAGUGUAUUUGGGUGUGUGGGGAUCAGGCUACAAAGGUGAAAUACCAGACGGUGAAAAAACACAGAUGGUCAAAUAUGUUGUGGAGCAAAAGUAGUUCAUUUUCUUUCUUAAAAGAAAAAGCCAAGCUGUUUUUAUUUGAUUUUCCGCCUGUGCUUAACUGAACAGAUACCGGAUCGGUGUCUCCUCUGCUCUGCAGUGACUGUAUGUGAGUGCUUGAGAGAGGCUGAGUGUGUGUUAUGUGUUGCUCUGCUAUUGACUGUAUGAAACCUGUGUGUGGGUGUGUAUGUGUGUGGACAGUGGUGUGCUUGCAGUUACUGCAUCUUAUGGCCAUCUGCUCUGAAAAAAUAAAUGUUAUAUACAAACUG